CCCGGCGCCGCGGGGCGGGCCGGGCCGGGCCUCCGGCUCGGGCCUUGCGUGCUCGGGCCUGGCCGCGCCGGGAGAAGCGGCGAUGGAAGCGGCGGGCGGCGGCGGAGCGGCGGGCGGCAUUGCCCUGCACGACUUCAGCGGGCAGCUGGGCGAGCAGCGGGUGCACUUCCACGCCAUGCGGCUGCGGGACUCGCUCUUCCUCUGGGUGGGCGCCGCGCCCGCCCUGGCCAGCCUGGCCGUCGCCAUGUGCAGCCCCCGUGACAGCAUCCCGGUGGCCGCCUCGCUCCUGGGGGACCCGUCGGACACCGCCUCCUCCUGCCUGGCGCAGCGCUUGGCCAGCAAGACCAAAAAGCAGAUAUUUGUCAGCUACAAUCUUCAAAACACAGACAGCAAUUUCACCUUACUCAUAGAAAACAGGAUCAAAGAAGAGAUGACAGCUUUUCCAGACAAGUUCUGAUUGUGCAUCACCGUAAAAGAAGAUGAAGGUUUUGUUUCAGAAAAACUGAUUUCAAUUUUCACACUGACAUAAAGUUAGUAUAUUUUUUUGUAUUGAAUUUGUGGUUGUUAUUAAAUAUAGAUACACUUGAUUUUGAUUUUAUUUUUUUCAAAUAGGAUUUGAGUUUUCAAAACAAAUUUUUUUUUGCUACCCUGCCAAGUAGGAUAGCACAUGGAUGCUGCAAUGGAUGAACAUCAUUGUCAAAGUGCAUGUGGUCUCUGGCCUCCACACAAUACUGAGAUCUGAUGGCAAAUCAGUUCCAAAUGCUAUCUGUACAAUUAAUCUACUGUGUACUAGCAUUGAACAUAGUAUAGCAGCUUUUAGUGUUCAAAUAAAGAAACCCCACAUUUUUAUAUGGUAAA